CUUGGUAGUAGAAGGCUAUGUUUGCUCUCUUUAACAUAAUAGGAUAUAGAUAGCCGCCAUUGAUGUUUUUUUUUGGUAUGUUGCUUCAAAUUAUUUAAUAGGCAGCUUAUUGUAGCUUGUCCCAUUUCUAGUGAAGUGAAAUUGAACUUGGUAGUAGAAGGAUAAAAAAAAAAAUGAAGAACAGCCGCCAUUGAUGUUUUUUUUUUUGGGAGAUUAAUUCUAGAAGAACAAAUUGAAAGAAUAAUUUGAAGCAGUAAUGGCGCUGCCUAUGGGUAAGAAAUUGGAGAAAAGGCUAUGAGCAGUUAGGUAUAAAAGUGACAUUUUCUUUGUUUUGACAAUGUCGAUUUCUAGGUUAAGAUGCGUUUUCGUUCCCAAUUUUUCUCAUUUUCAAUGUCAAAGUCCCAUUUUCCUUCGUCGUUUUCUCUCUUCUAACUCGAUGCUAUUCGACCAAGACAAUCUCGUUUCCUCAUUCAAUCACUUGCUCCAUCAGAAUCCUACACCAACCAUCUUUCAAUUUGGCAACAUUUUAGGUUCCCUUGUCAAGGCCAACCAUUACUCCACUGUUAUUUCACUUCAUCGACAAUUGGAAUUAAGCACACGAAUUGAAUCAAACUUAGUCACUUUGAGCAUUUUGAUUAAUUGCUUUUGUCAAUUGGGUUAUAACUCUCUUUCCUUUUCUGUAUUUGCAAACAUUCUCAAAAAGGGUUACCAGCCAAAUGUCAUAACUCUGACUACACUCAUCAAGGGACACUGUCUCAAAGGUGAGGUCCAUAAAGCAUUGCAAUUUCAUGAUAAGAUGGUAGCGCAGGGGUUUCACUUUAAUCAAGUUUGUUAUGGCACCUUGAUCAAUGGGUUAUGCAAAGUUGGAGAAACAGCAGCAGCCCUGCAAUUUCUCAGACAAGUGGAUGUGAAAUUGGUUCAGCCUAAUUCGGUAAUGUACAACACUAUUAUUGAUAGCUUGUGCAAAGAUAAACUUGUUAAUGAUGCUUUUGAUUUAUGUUCUGAAAUGCUUGCUAACAGAAUCUCUCCUGAUGUUUCCACUUAUAACUCGUUAAUUUAUGGCCUUUCCAUUGUGGGUGAAUUGAAAGAUGCAAUUGGUUUGUUCAAUAAAAUGACAUUGGAAAACAUCAUCCCCAAUGCCUAUACCUUUAAUCUAUUAGUUGAUGCUUUUUGUAAGGAAGGAAAGGUGAAAGAAGCUAAAAAUGUGUUUGCUGUGAUGAUAAAAAAAGGUGUAAAACCUGAUGUUAUUACUUAUAGCUCUUUAAUGGAUGGAUAUUGUAUGGUUAAAGAAGUGGACAAGGCCAAGGAUAUAUUCAAUGCUAUGGCCCAGAGGAAAGUGACUGCUAAUGUUCAUAGCUACAGUAUCAUGAUUAAUGGAUUAUGUAAGAUUAAAAUGGUAGACGAAGCUAUAAGUCUCUUCAAAGAAAUGCAUUUUAGAAAAAUUAUUCCUAAUACGAUAACUUAUAGUUCCCUUAUUGAUGGCUUGUGCAAACUAGGGAGAAUCUCAUAUGCUUUGGAGCUUGUCGAUGAGAUGUGUGUUAGAGGUCAGCCACCUAAUAUAAUUACGUACAGUUCUAUAUUGUAUGCUUUAUGCAAAAACCAUCAAGUUGAUAAGGCAAUUGCAUUAUUCGAAGAAUUUAAAGACAAAGGUAUUCAACCUAAUGUGUACACAUACACUAUUCUCAUCAAUGGAUUGUGUAAAGGUGGAAGACUAAAGGAUGCACGAAAGGUUUUCGAUGAACUUUUGGUCAAAGGCUACAAUCUUGAUGUCUAUAUAUAUACUGUUAUGAUCCAUGGAUUUUGUAACAGUGGUUUGUUUGAUGAAGCAUUGACCAUGCUGUCCAAAAUGAAAGACAAUGGUUGCAUUCCAAAUGCUCAAACUUAUGAAAUCAUUAUUAUUUCCCUAUUUGAAAAUGAUGAAAAUGAUAAAGCAGAGAAACUUCUUCGUGAAAUGAUUGCGAAAGGUCUACUAUAAAAUCGAAAAUAGGAAAGAUGCUUAUUUAGGCCUUCAUGCAAGAUGUUUGGUUUUAAGGUGGAAUAUAUGGGGCAUAUUUUGUACAUUGGAUUGAGGGCUCUUCCAAUUGAAACGAGUGAGAUAUGUGCCAUAGAGGCUGACAUCGAACAUUCUGGAAAUGCCCAUCGAAUCUUCAUGAAGGUUUCAGAUAUUUUUGGUAAGAAAUUAAAUUUUCUAUUAGGAUUGAAUGAUUUAUUCUACCCAAAAGAACAUGAUAAAGGCAACACUGGUUAGUACAUAAAGGAAUUAGAAUCGCUAUCAAAAGUAUUGAAUGAUUUAUUUGACCCAAAAGAACAUACGGAAAGAUUGAAUAUCAAGUGAAGUGAAUCUAAAAUAAAGGUUUAUUCGCCCUAGUUUAAAUUAGAAGUGUAGUUUAAGUGAAAACUUAGAAUUGGAGGUUACUUUACUAGUAGGCCGGACCAUCUGAUGCUACAUUUUACCAUUUCUAGAACCUUAUGAAAUAACUAUUAUUUCAGUCACUUAAUUGGACGGGUUUAGAACUUUCCGUCAGUAUUGCUAGUUUGUACAGAAAGUUAGACCUUUUUCUCUAUAAAUUACUUUCAGUCCUUUAUAAAUUUUUCAUUAUUCGAGUUUAUGAAAAGCUGUGGACUCACCUUUUCUGCAGAUUUUGAUGUUAGUAUGCCUUUAUUCUUUGAUUUGCAUUUAUUUAUUUAUCUUGGGUGAGACUUUGAAGGAUCCAGACUGCUGUAUAGACAAAUUUCCAUUGAAAAGAAUUCUUGUAACAACUUAUUUAAUAGCCAGCUUAUUGCAGCUUGUUCUAUUUCUAGUGAAGUGAAAUUGAACUUGGUAGUAGAAGGUUAUGUUUGCUCUCUUUUACCAUAAUUUGCUAUGAUAAAAGCUAAAUGUAUGUGGCCUGGCCUAGAACAUUUUCCAUUCAUCUGUCUCACUUGCUUGGUUGUCACUACUAUUUAGUUCAGCAGUCGUAGCUUUUCUCACAGAACCUGCUGGUCUGUUUACCCCCCCACUCAGUUCAAAGCAAGCAUUUAGGUUCCUUUGUUGAAGCUGUUUCAUCCGCUAGGGGCACUAGUGGUGUUGAAGUGAUUUAAGAACUGGAGUUAUGAUACUGAUUUAACACAAGUUGCAGAACUGCAUGCUAAGGUGUCAGCUCCAAUUCUUCUAUAACAACAUGCUUAUUCCAAAUAAGCAGCAUGCUGAUGGGGCAGUAGAAAGAUUCAAGGUUAGACUUGUAGCACAAGGCUUCAUUCAAACAGAAGGCUUGGAUUACUUUGAAACCUUUUCACCAGUAGCCAAACUGUCCACUGCGAGGCUUUUUCUUCCCUUAGCUUCCACUGAUUGUUGGCAUCUUCAUCAAUUCAGUUCCUCUGUGAGGCUUUUGCUUGCCUUAGCUUCCAUGCAUUUUUCUGAUGUUUUUACCAAGGCAUCAUACAUUGCUUCGUUUUUUAGAUGCUUUACAAGCUUGGUAUGGUGGGCAUGUUCCACCUUCAAACUUGGAGGUAACAGAAGAAGAAGCAAGUCAAGAAGUCAAUAUAAAAGACUCUAGCUGAUUUUCCCUCUUAAUUUCUUCCUUUUUGAUCAUGGAGUUUUACUCAUAAUCAUUAAUCAAUGAACACACAAUGUUUGAUAAUAAAGUUCGGCCAAUUUUUGUCUCCAACCACAGAGCAUCUGCAGUUCCUCUGUAUUAAUGGUGAAAGAUUAGAGUUUACAGUGUACAAGUUACAACUCUACCUCUGAAUGGUACUGUCGGAGCCUUCGCUCCUCCGCACCCCCUGCAUCAAACGUCUCCACUUAUCAGUAACUAUCAAUAUGUAAUAAUCUACUUUUUAUAUGUUAAUCAAUGAUUGAUAUUAUUAACUCUACUGUCUAAACCAAAUUAGCCACUUUAGAGCUGUCAGAUCUUUAAUUUGUUACUUGGUAGCUUUGACUUUGAGCCAAAACAAACAAAAGGAGAUCAAAUUAAUUGAGCAUAAAUAAAGUCUUUUGAUGAAAUUUAACUAAUCUAAUCAUGAGACAUGUGAUGAAGUAGACUAGAUUCUUGAUUUCUUAUACAAUAAUGAUACAAACGUGUCAAAUAAAAAAUAAUGCUUUUGGUACUUCCAAGUUCCAACACUAUUCUUUAUUUUCCACUUGUGUUUUUAAUAUAGAGAAGUUGAACAAUAAAGAAAUAGCAAGUAGUAAAGUGGUUUCACAUUGGUCUACGGAUUCUAGGCAGUGUAAGAGUGAUGCCAUCUGAAUCAGUUUCUUCUCUUGUUUCAUUUUAGAUCUAUACAUCAGAUACACACAUCUCAUCAAUAUUUUUAUGGCAAUCACCACCUUCUUUUUUCUCGUAUAAUUUCACAUAUGAUGUGUUCCUCAGUUUC